UCUCUUCCAAACCCACAUACGCACUCCUCUCCAGCCCUCCAAAGCAACAGGCGAGAAGAAGGAAGAGCGACAAAAGCAAAAGAGCAACUCCUGCAACUUUUUGGAACGAGCGCAACUAGGAGAAGCUUCCGAGGAUGCCAAACGCGUCGGUUUUGCAGAUGGAUCACAUGGGUACGCGAGGGAACUGAUUUUAUUUUUCCCAAAGAAGAAAACAGGAGGGAGGACACACGUUUUUGUUUUUUUUUCCUCCACCGUAUGAGACGUCAAAAGUUUCCCUCUGUGUUAACAAAGCAGGCGCCUUUGAGCUGGAGCUGAAACCCUCGGCUUGUGAUUAAAUGUCCCGGGGUCUCUGUGGAGGGCAGUGAAAGGAUGCCAGGAUGCCCUCUCUGAUCUCCCAUCUGCUUGUCAUCUGGCUGAGCGUCCACAGGCUGGUGUGGUGCACGGAGCGCUCCUCCACACGCGAGCGCUUCAAGGUGGUCAUCGCUCCUCUCAUCUGCAAGCGGGUCUGCCUGAAGGGGCAGUGCCAGGAUACCUGCGAGCAGGGCAACAACACCACGCUGAUCGCGGAGAACGGGCAGGGGGCCGACACGCUCACCGGACCGGGCUUCAGGGUCGUUGUGUGUCCCUUGACGUGUUUGAAUGGAGGAGUAUGCAGCUCAAGGAAGCACUGCCUGUGCCCUCCCGGCUUCACCGGUCGACUCUGCCAGUUUCCUCUCCAGCAAGCCCAGGCAGCGCGAGGCAACGAGCAGCCUGUGUACCCCGUAGCUUUAAAGCCAGACGGCCAGAAAUUUGUGGAGUCAAGCAUAAGCCGCAGCCAGUUUACACACACGUCGUCAAUGUCAAUCUUCAACGUCCCCUUAUCACAGCCGGGGCAUCACUCCUCAGAAGUGCAGUUUAAUGUACGUGUUCACCACACGCCAGACACCUCCGUAAUCAUUCACUCACUCGACUCAAUGGAUAUCAAACCUCCUCACAAAACGGGGACACGCCAGGUCCUGGUGAGGCGCAAACCAAAGGGGCGCUGCUUUCAAGAGACCACGCCCAAACAAGCCUGCAACAGCACCCCGCUUCCUGUUCUGACCAAUCAGGAGGAUUGCUGUGGGAGUGUGGGGAAUUCAUGGGGACAAAACAAAUGUUAUCAGUGCCCCAAAUUACCAAAUGCAUCAGUCAAACAGAACAUUGUGGAAGACUAUGGCUCUACUUGUCCCCAAGGCUAUAAAAGAUUCAACAGCACUCACUGUAAAGAUAUCAACGAGUGCUCCAUGCAGGGCGUCUGUCAGAACGGAGACUGUUUGAACACACUGGGCAGCUUCAAGUGUUCAUGCAAAUCUGGUUUUGUCUUGGAGAGAAAUCGAUGUGUUGAGUAUCCCCCUCUGGGUCAGUGCUUCCGGAUAGCAUCCAACGACAGGAGCUGCAAUUACCCGCUGCCGACCCCCCACACCCAGGUGGUAUGCUGCUGCACAGUGGGCAAAGCCUGGGGCCGAAACUGUGAAAGAUGUCCUGAGGAGGGCACAGUGGCCUUCAAAAAACUCUGCCCUGCUGGGAAAGGCUACUUUUUGCAAAACAUAAGAGAGACGGUGCAAAUCACCGUCCCCAGCGACCAUGAAAACCAAGAGCACACCAAGAGGAUUCAUGCAGAGACAACGACCACUGCGCACCAGGUCCCCACCAGCACCACCCGUCCUCGUGUGCCUGUUAUAAAACCCACCCCGCCGACAAUCAUCCGAAUGACCCCCGGCAAUGACCCCUUCGAAACACAAACAAAAGUCUUCCCACCGACAGAUGAAUGCAGGCUGAGCAGAAACAUUUGUGGUCAUGGAGAAUGUGAGAACAGCCUGACCGGGCACAUCUGUCACUGCCAUCCUGGCUACCAUUUCAACCCGCAGAGGAACAUCUGUGAGGAUGAUAACGAAUGUGAGUCAGAGCCGUGCGGCCAUGGCAGAGGCUAUUGUGUCAACACAGAGGGAGCAUACAAAUGUAUCUGUCGCCCAGGCUACAAACACAUGGUGCAGCAUGGUAGACUUAAGUGUGUAGAUGUGGAUGAGUGCUUUAACCAGGACAUCUGUGGUAUCGGGGGUCAUUGUGUGAACCUACCAGGCUCUUAUAAAUGUGAAUGUCACAGCGGUUUUAGGAGCAAGUCACACCGUAGUCCAGCCUGUGAAGACAUAAAUGAGUGUUUGAAUCCCGACACUUGUCCCAGUGAACAAUGUGAGAACACGCCAGGCUCCUACGAGUGUGUCCCCUGCUUGCCUGGUCAUGAAGCCCGUGCUGGCAUCUGCUAUGAUAUUAAUGAGUGUCAGAAGCCUGGCAUCUGCCCUAACGGUCACUGUGAGAACCUGGCUGGUACCUACCGCUGCCUGUGCAACGAGGGCUUCCUCCCAUCUGUAGACAGCAAAGCUUGCACUGACAUCGAUGAGUGUGCGGACAUUCGGCUGUGCGCUAACGGCCACUGCAUCAAUACUGACGGCUCCUUCAAAUGCCAAUGCUACCCAGGGUACCAGCGCACACAAGAGGGCAGCCACUGUGAAGAUAUCAACGAGUGUAAAAAUCCAUCAAGCUGUCAUGGGGGCCGCUGUAUCAACAAGAUGGGUACAUACCACUGCGAGUGCCAGCAGGGGUACAAACUGGUCGGAGGCAGGGAAUGCCAAGACAUUGAUGAAUGCGCCUUGGACAGAAGUCUCUGCCAGCCCCACGGCUUUUGUGGGAACAAACCGGGAUCGUACGAGUGUGUCUGCAAUCACGGUUACAUCCUCUCAGAGGAUAGACACUACUGUGAGCCUGUUCGAGUGCUGAUGGAUGAGAAGAAAGAGUGCUACCUGAACCUUGAUGACACCGUUUUCUGCGAUAGCGUCCUGGCCACCAAUGUCACCAAGCAGGAGUGCUGCUGCUCCAUCGGAGUGGGAUGGGGAGAUCACUGUGAGAUCUAUCCCUGUCCUGUCUCCCAUUCAGCCGAGUUCCACGACCUUUGUCCAAAUGGGCAGGGUCUCUACUAUGAAGAGAGUCUCCAGUACAACCUCCCGGCCUACCAGGAUAUUGACGAGUGUUCCUUGUUUGCUGAAGAAAUUUGUAAGAAAGGUCGCUGUGAGAACACGCUUCCAGGCUACGAGUGCUACUGUCAACAGGGCUUCUACUACGAUAGCAACCUCCUUGAGUGCAUUGAUGUGAACGAAUGUCACGAUGAGUCUAUGUGUACUAAUGGCCGGUGCAUCAACACUGAAGGGUCCUUCUACUGCAACUGCAAUCAACCCUGGGUCCCAGACUCCAACAGGAAAAAGUGCGUAAUGGUAACAGUAGCAGAUGUGAAUGAGUGUGAGAACCCAGAAAACUGUAAAAACGGCCGCUGCGUGGACACCCCGGGCUCCUAUUACUGCAUCUGCUCUCCACCCUGGACCCUGGCCACUGACCGCAACAGCUGUGUGACUCCUGAGGAGCAGGCUGAUGUGAAUGAGUGCCAGGACCCCUCGUACUGUAAGAACGGGAGGUGUGAGAACACGCCCGGCUCCUUUCACUGCUUUUGUGACCCUCCCCUCACCUUCAGUGCAGCGCUGAAACAGUGCGUCUAUGACGAUCGGACUGCAGCUCACAAGGAUGUGUGCUUCACGCGAAUUGAGGAGGGCUGGAUCUGCAGCGAGCCGCAGAACCGGGUGGUGACGUAUUCAGAGUGCUGCUGUCACUUCGGUCGUGGCUGGGGGCCCGAGUGUAACAGCUGCCCUCCCAGAAACUCAGCAAUGUUCAGCCAUCUGUGUGGGAUGCAUCUUGAGACGGAGUCAGACGGGGAACAGGAUUUGCAGGCAGCUUUUCCCAACUACAACCCGGGUGACAGUUCAGAAGAAGAUUCCGACGAAUGCAGCUGCGGACAUGGCCGCUGUGUCCGUUCCUACCUGGGCACCAUGUGUGAAUGUAACCCAGGCUUUAGGCUAGACUACUCGCGUGCUCGCUGUAUAGACAUUGACGAGUGUGCAGAACCAGAUGUCCGUGUUAGUCCAUGCAAGAACGCUCGCUGUGUGAACACUUCUGGCUCGUACAAGUGCUUGUGCAAGCAAGGCUUUGUGCACACGCGUAGGCCAAACGUGUGCAUCCGUCGCAGAACUCGGUAACCUUUGUGCGUUGCUCUGCGUGCCGCUACGUCUCUCCCCAUCUACGCGGCGUGCACAAACAAACCAGCACGUGCAGCUCUUACACUCCUCUCUCAUGGUACAUACAUGGGACUGUGUGAACGCAGUAAACAUACAAACAUGUUGUCAUCGGGAGCCACGUCAUAACAAUAUAAAAUGUACAAAACAUAUCAUUGUCAGCCCCUUUUUCAUUGGCCAGUCCACAUUUUAAAAGAUUUGCAACACAGACAAGGAAUAUGUUUGUUUAUUUGUG